GUCAAGAACUUCACGCGUGGUUGAGAAUUUCUGAUGCAAUGCCCAAUGGAGAAGAAUGCAGCAUGAACAUUGACUAAAUAAGUAGCCAGUAAUCUUGGUGCUCAACAAGUUUUUUUUUUUUUUUUUUUUUUUUUUUUUUUGAAAAUAAGGUGCUCAACAAGUGGAGCUCAGACUGUGCACUCUGUGUCACAGAGUCAGCAUGCAUACUCACAUAGACACCCCACUGGGCAAGAUAACUGGAAGCACCACACAAGUGUCUUCAACACCAACAAGCUCGAAGUACAGCUCUACUCUCUAGUCUCCCAUGUCACCGAGAGUCCCUGCACAUUCCAACAAAUCUUAGCCAGAGCAAAGAGAGGCACAGAAAAACAAAAAUGGUAGGAGUAACAGCCAUCGCAUUGAUGGGGGUGACGAACUCCCUCCUUGGGAAGCUCACCGUUCUACUUGGGAGGGAGUACAGCAAGCUCAGAGGUGUUCAAGCCGGCAUCACAUCCCUGAGAGACGAGCUGAUCAUCAUGAAGGCUGCACUUGAGGACUUAUCACAGUUGGAGGACUGUAACUCACAGGUGAAGUUGUGGAUACAUCAGUUGCGGGAGCUAUCCUAUGACAUUGAGGACUGCAUCGACAUUUUUCUGCACAGCCUAGACCAUGGAAGUGUUAGUGAUGGGCUCAUUAACAAGAUUAUUAGUUGGCUCAGGACACUGAAAGUGUACAGACACACUGGUAAGCAGAUUGCUGCACUGAAGGAACGUGCUGUAGAGGUAAAUGACCGACGCAAGAGGCUAAAGCUUGAUGUAGAUAUCCUUACUUCGAAGGCAGUGGCCAUCGACCCCAGGCUACCAGCACUCUUUGAGGAAGCGGAUAGACUAGUGGGAAUCGAUGGCCCAAGGGAUGAGCUUGUCGAAUGGCUUACCAAGGGCAAUGGUUUUGCACAAAAUCGCAAGGUUAUCUCAAUUGUUGGAUUUGGAGGCUUAGGAAAAACAACACUCGCCUGUCAGGUGUACCAAAUGAUAAAAAGCCAAUUCGAUUGCACAGCUUUUGUAUCUGUAUCACGGAAUCCUAAUAUCAAUAAGAUCUUGAGAGACAUACUUUCAGAAGUUCUUUAUACAAGCAACCCGAUGUCAGAUUAUCAGAAGGAUCACUUCUGGAGGAUCAAGGAAAAUCUUAAUCAACCAUUGGAAGAUCACCAACUCAUCAACAUGAUUAAAGAAUAUCUAAAAAAUAACAGGUACUUCAUAGUAAUUGAUGACAUAUGGAGUAAAUCAGCAUGGCAAGUUAUCCAAUGUGCUUUUCCAUAUAACAGCAAUGCGAGCAGGAUAAUGACAACCACUCGCAUUCAAGACGUUGCACAAUCUUGCUGCUUUACACAUGAAGAUUAUAUUUAUGAUAUUAAACCUCUUGGUAGUGACGACUCAAGAAAAUUAUUUUUGAAAAGGAUUUUCGGCAAUGAAGAUAAUCACCCUACAGAACUCAAAGAAGUAACUGAUGAAAUCCUAAGAAAAUGUAGUGGUUUACCGCUGGCCAUAAUUAAUAUAGCUAGCCUAUUAUCAACCAAACCAGUUACCAAGCACGAGUGGAAAAAAGUGUGGAAUUCUAUCGGCUCCAUGCUCAAGCAAAACCAAGAUCUAGAAAUAGUAAAGAGGAUACUAUUUCUAAGUUAUUAUGACCUACCUCAUCAACUGAAGCUCUGUUUGUUGCAUAUAAGUGUAUUUCCAGAGGAUCAUGUGAUCAAGAGAGAGCGUUUGAUAUGGAGAUGGAUAGCUGAAGGAUUGAUUACUGAAGAACAAGGACUGAAUCUGGAAGAAGUAGGAGAAAAGUACUUCAAUGAGUUGGUCAAUAGAAAUAUGGUGCAACCAGUGGACAUCGACUAUACUGGUAGAGCAAAGGCUUGCCGAGUGCAUGAUAUCAUGCUAGAUCUCAUUAUAUGCUUGUCAAUUGAGGAGAACUUUAUUACUAUAAUUGAUGACCAGAAGUCCAUGCUUUCAACUAACAAGGUUAGGCGUCUUUCCCUCCAAACAAACCAUGAAAAAACCAAUAUAUGGCUUGGAACCAACAGAUUUUCUCAGGUUCGGUCACUUAGUGUCUUUGGUGAUCUGAAGCAGAUGCCCCCUUUCUUUGACCUACAAGUUUUACGAGUUCUGGAUCUAGAGGAUUGUUCUAGUUUGAAGGAUGGAGACAUCGAGAAUAUUGCAAGUUUAUUUCAAUUGAGGUAUCUAAGUCUCCGAAACUGCCACAUUAGCAGGGUCCCAGCACAAAUUGGGAAGCUACAACUUUUGCAAACACUCGACCUCAGAGGGACGAGAAUAAAAGAAUUGCCAGAGACCAUAACUCAACUACAGCAAUUGGUUCGCCUACUGUUGGGACGCUUUGGUGUAAAAAUGCCAAAUGGGAUCAGCAACAUGAGAUCUCUUGAGGAGCUAGUGGUGCUUGAUGGAAGCAAGAACUCCGUGGAUGUUGUGGUUGAGUUGGGUAAUUUAACCAAUUUGAAGGCUUCCUAA